CCUCCGAUGUCAACAACUACAGACCAGUAUCCCUUCUUUCUUUUCUCUCCAAAACUCUUGAACGUGCCGUCCUUGGCCAGCUCUCCCGCUAUCUCUCUCAGAAUGACCUUCUUGAUCCAAAUCAGUCAGGUUUCAAAACUAGUCAUUCAACUGAGACUGCUCUUCUCUGUAUCACGGAGGCGCUCCGCACUGCUAAAGCUAACUCUCUCCUCUGCUCUCAUCCUUCUAGACCUAUCGGCUGCCUUCGAUACUGUGAACCAUCAGAUCCUCCUCUCCACCCUCUCCGAGUUGGGCAUCUCCGGCGCGGCCCACGCUUGGAUUGCGUCCUACCUGACAGGUCGCUCCUACCAGGUGGCGAAUCGCAUCUCUGCAUGUCUGGCAGACAUAUCAGUGUGGAUGACGGAUCACCACCUCAAGCUGAACCUCGGCAAGACGGAGCUGCUCUUCCUCCCGGGGAAGGACUGCCCGUUCCAUGAUCUCGCCAUCACGGUUGACAACUCCAUUGUGUCCUCCUCCCAGAGCGCUAAGAACCUUGGCGUGAUUCUGGACAACACCCUGCCGUUCUCAACUAACAUCAAGGCGGUGGCCCGUUCCUGUAGGUUCAUGCUCUACAACAUCCGCAGAGUACGACCCUGCCUCACACAGGAAGCGGCGCAGGUCCUAAUCCAGGCACUCGUCAUCUCCCGGCUGGAUUACUGCAACUCGCUGUUGGCUGGGCUCCCUGCCUGUGCCAUUAAACCCCUACAACUCAUCCAGAACGCCGCAGCCCGUCUGGUGUUCAACCUUCCCAAGUUCUCUCCCCAGCCUGGUGGGUCCUGUGGCAGCCCCACACAUCAGGCUGUCUCUCCGUCUCCUUCCUCCACGUUCUCCCGUCAGUCAGAAGCCGCCAGAGCCGCCCGCCUCUGUCACCGCCAGAGUCUCCCGCCUGUCCGGCGCCGCCAGAGUCUCCCGCCUGUCCGGCGCCGCCAGAGUCUCCCGCCUGUCCGGCGCCGCCAGAGUCUCCCUCCUGUUCAGGGGCCGUGGUAA